UACCCCCGUCAGGUGCAAAGAGCCUUUUAUACAAGUGCCACUGGUGGAGUUCGUGUGUGUGGGAACUAAAAGAUGAAGGUCUUACUGUACGUGUGUUUCAUCUUGUUUGUUACUAAUGAGGCAACUGGACAGACACCAGACCCCAGUAAUAAUGUUAUUAACUUUAACCAAUGUCUGAAUGGUGGGGCGAUCUGUGAUGAGAAAAUUAGCAGAUGUAUCUGUUUCGAGGGACAACCAUUCUGUCGGUGCAACAGUCAAAAAGGUGAGUUUUACAUUAAUGAAGACUGCUCUCAGAAAUGGACAGUUGUGACCUUUGCCCUGGUAGCAUCUCUGCCUGGUCUCACACUCGCUGUGUUGGUUGGGGUGGUUGUUUAUGUGAUGAUGUUGCCAUCAAACAAGAGCCACACAGGUGAAGGAAUGACGACAUCCAAGACAGCCUCUAAAGAGCAGGACUUGUUCCCUGGUGUUGCUUUUGCUUCUGAUAUGAAUGGUCAGCCUCCCCCUAACAUGAGACCUGUACAACAAGGUCAUAUUCCCAUGACAGCCAUGCCCAUAUCAAGUGGGAUGCGUGAUCCUCAAAUGGGAGGUCCUGCUCGGCCCUAUAGCAUGUACACCGGGAUGCGUGACCCUCCCAUGGGAGGUCCUGUGCAGCCCUACAGCAAUGGCGCAGUUCGGGGUCAGAUUGUUAGCAACCCUUAUGCUAGAGAUUCACCCAGCCGAAACCCCUAUGAAGAGCACAGUCCUUCUGCAGACCACCACAGUGAUUACAGACCACGUGUCCCUUCACACACAUAUGGUGACCUGAAACACAACCAGCCCUAUUCUCCUGCACCACUCUAUGGUUCCUCUGAGCAUGGAAACCUCCGCAAUGGAUUUCCACGACCCCAAUUAAGUCUACGAUACUAGAUUUAAAAAAAAAAAAAAAGAUUUUUUCUGUUAAAACAGAAAAUAUAUUUUUAGAAUUUUGAACAAUGGAAGAAACAAAAGUUAUACAAUAAAGACUUGGCCAGGAUGUUGAAUGGGAAUGACACGAGGAAUUUACGGAAAACAACUUUUAUUUCCUACUUUAAAUCUGAUCUCUAUUAUCAGCUGUAAAUAUGUUUAUACUGGGUGAUUUAUAUUGAAAAAUUAAAAUAGUAAAAAAUUUAAUUCUUUCCUACAUUAAAUACAAAUGCAAUUCUGCAACCUGUUUGCUUCCUCACUUGAAAUUCCGAAAUUUAUUUGGAGUUUAAAAAGGCAUUCUCAACUCAAUUAUGAAUGGCAUAUAAAAAAUACCAGAUUUUUGGUUGUCAUUUUGGAUCAUCAGCUUUUGCACUUGUAAAGUUGAUUGCUGUCAUUAAAACAAGGACAUACCGAAUAAUCCUAAAUUCAUGUUCCUUUUUUCAAUUCAAUGUCUCUCAAAUUGUUAUGCUGAUAAUACAUUUGAAAUGUUUUGUAUUAAAUCACAAAGCAAGCAUUAUUACUAGAGACCUCAGAUUGAUAGUUGAUUUCUCUUUGUUUACUGAAGAACUGAAAGUUGACCUCACAAUGAGUUUUCCAAAAGAAAAGCAAAGCUGGCAGAUAAAUACAUUUCAGAUUAAAACGGCAGUCUAGACAGUUUGUUUCAACAUCCCACAGUUUCUUCAGCAAUUCUGAACCACAUUGUCAGAUCCAUGCAAGUGCUGAUAUUAGUUCUAAAUGCUCUUUCAGAACCGUCUUCACUGAAGUAUCUCUUCUGAAACAGACGAGGCCUAGCAAUAUCGGCUAAUACUUAACGAACAUGCAGUCUUAACUGGCUUCAAAUCAAACAGCACAUUAGGUGUAAUUAUGUGGGUGACAAUGUCCUUCUGAGUCAACUGAUUUUGACUCUAAAAGCUGACAGUACAGGGAACACUUCUGUAGAAAUGCUGCACUCAAAACAACAUCCAUGAAAAGGCAAACUUUUAAUCGUGUAGGAAAGGGUGACGCCCAAACAGCCGUCUCCA